UAUCCCGGGACGGGGCUGCUCGGCGGCUCGGGACGGCGCCGCCGCCGCGGGCAGGACAUGCUAGGUAGAAAAGAAUCCUGUGCUUCAGGACAGUUACCAAUGACCAGCCUCAGCUGUCUUUUCUAUGCAUUGGAAGAAUGGACUAUUGUGGAGCUCCUGAAGAAAUACAUUUUUCAUCUGAUCAUUGCCUCACUGACAAUUAGUGCAAUAUUAGUUUUUUUUAUAGUUCCUUUAACAAUUGUCUUUUUCAUUUACCUUACUAAUAUUUUGCUUUUAAUAUAUCAGAGGAACAAUGAGUUAAAAGCAGAUCCCUUGAGUGAUGUUUGGAAUGGUGUAAGAAAAACUAUAGCAGGCUUUUGGGAUAUAUAUGCAAGAAUAUGGCAUGGUUAUGAGCUUCAUGGUGUGAAAAACCUCCCAGAAGGACCAGGAAUUCUUGUCUAUUACCAUGGAGCUAUUCCUAUAGACUACCUUUACUUUUUGUCUAGGCUGUUUCUGUGGAAGAAAAGACUUUGCCUGUCAGUAGCUGAUCAUUUUGUGUUUCGUUUACCAGGACUUAGGUUAUUGUUGGCUGUGACGGGUGUCAUACCAGGUACGAGGGAGGAGUGUCUUGUUGCCCUGAAGAAAGGAUACUUGGUGUCCAUCUCACCGGGUGGAGUUCGAGAGGCGCUGUUCAGUGAUGAAAGUUAUCAGCUGAUGUGGGGAAAUCGAAAAGGCUUUGCUCAGGUGGCUCUAGAAGCGAAAGUGCCCAUCAUUCCAAUGUAUACUCAAAAUGUCCGUGAAGGCUAUAGGAUGUUUAAAGAAAGAAGAUUUUUUAGACAGUUAUAUGAGAGCACUCGAUUGCCUUUUACUCCUCCAUACGGAGGACUUCCAGUUAAAUUUCGCACAUACAUUGGGCAGCCAAUCCCUUACGACCCAAAUAUAACUGCAGAAGAAUUAGUUGAAAAGACCAAGGCUGCUGUCCAGGCUCUCAUAAGCAAGCACCAAACAAUCCCAGGCAGCAUAUGGAAGGCUUUACUGGAGAGAUUUGAUAAACGUCGUAAAAGUGAUUAG